AUGCACGAUGAACAUAAAGAUAAUGUAUUAGAGCAUCAUGAAACAACUAUAUCCCAAAAAGAGAGUUGUAUAAAAACAAAUAAUAAGAAGGAGAAUAUCGAUAUAGUAGAAGAGUUUCCUACGAGUAUGGAAGGGGUUAAUUGCAAUAUUGUUAAUCAACAAGGUUUUACAACGGUUGUUCCAUCUCAACAUCUUACAGCUUCACCUUCUGUUUCACAUACACCAUCAUUUCCAGCACAUGGACUUGGAGUUAGUUCCUAUACGCAAAAUUCGAUGGGAAAUACAGGUUAUGCAGAAGUUGGGGCACCGGGGCUUUUAGACCCUCAAUUUCCGCUAUUUCCUCAAUUUUAUGGAAACAUUCCUCUGUUAACAGAUAUUCCUAAACUAAGAAGAACAAUAUAUAUUGGAAACAUUCCUAAUGAGGCGACAGUUAAUGAAAUUUUAUCACAAGUUAGAACUGGCCCAAUUGAAUCAGUUCGGCUUCUUCCGGACAAGAAUUGCGCGUUUAUUUCAUUUCUAGAACCGUCACCAGCAGCAUUAUUUUAUGAAGAUGCAAUAAUGAAAAAAUUAAGUUUUCAUGGAAAAGAAGCGAAAAUUGGAUGGGGAAAGCCAAGUUCUGUAUCGUCAACAGUGAUGUUAGCUGUUCAGCAAUCAGGAGCUACAAGAAAUGUCUACCUAGGCAAUUUGCCGGAAAAUAUUACAGAAGAAGAAAUAAAAGAAGAUUUAAGUAAAUUUGGAACAAUUGACCAAAUAAAAAUUGUUAAAAAUAAAGGAAUUAGUUUUGUUCACUUUCUUAGUAUAUCCAAUGCGAUGAAAGCUGUUCAACAACUUCCUAUGGAACAUAAAUGGGCAAAUCGUAAAAUAUCUUACGGAAAAGAUCGAUGCGCACAAUCUUUUAGGCAUCAUUCAACAAUUCCACAUGAUCAUAUCCUACUAAAUAAUCUUGGUAUGAAUCAUUUAACGUCUCAGAUGACUACUAUGAAUUUAAUUCUUCCUAAUUAUACCAAUUAUCAUGAUUUAGGGCAUUCUUGUCCCGAUUCACACUCCAUAAUAGGAAAUAGGACAGUAUAUCUAGGAAAUAUUCAUCCAGAAACAACUGUUGAAGAGAUUUGCAAUGUCAUUAGAGGUGGAAUCUUACAUAACAUCAAAUACUUCCCAGAAAAACAUAUAUGUUUUGUUACAUUUGUCAACCCUGCAUCUGCAAUGCUGUUUUAUAAUGUAUCUGUAGCUCAAGGCCUUAUUAUCCAUAAUAGAAAACUAAAAAUUGGAUUUGGGAAACAUUCAGGUCUUUUACCAUCAUCUAUUGCAAUUGCUGUUACUUCAGGCGCUACUAGAAAUAUUUAUAUCGGUAAUACUAAUGAAAAUAUAACCGUGGUUAAACUUAAAAAAGACUUUUCUGAAUGGGGAGAAAUUGAACUAGUUAAUAUGCUAAGAGAAAAAAACUGUGCUUUUGUAAAUUUCACAAAUAUAAGUGAUGCAUUAAAGGCUAUUGAAGGCAUUAAGACUAAGGAAGAUUAUAAAAGAUUUAAAAUUAAUUUCGGUAAAGACAGAUGUGGGAAUCCUCCGAAGCAAAUUAUUAACCAAAAUGAUCACAUAGCAUUGUCUCAGCCUAGGAUUACACGUACAGGAUUUAAUAUGUUUCAUCCAUCACCAGAUAUUCCAUUUACUACAAAUAUCACGAACGCAACACAUUCUGAAGAAAAGUUUGUAAAUGAAAUUCCUUAUACUAAUUAUCCUCCAAUUGAAAACAAUGGAAAUAUUGAUACCUACCCAAAAUCGCUUUCUCCUAUAUUAUACAAUUCAACAACUUAUAAUGAUUCUUCAACCAAUAAUGGAAAAAAUAAUCAGCUUACUUAUGAAAUAACACACGAUCAUAAAAUAAAUGAAGCAAAUUAG